UAAUUAUUUUCAUAAUUACAGUAAAAAAUGGUAAAAACAUACAAUUUUUCGAAAUUUUGGUAUUCAAAAUUGCGUAUUGAGAUAUAGGUUCUUCUCAAAAUAAGUUUAUUUGUACAUGUACGAAAUUUCUGCAUCAAGCUAUGACAAAAUAAAUCGAUUAAAUCAAACAAAGGUCGAUUUAUAAGUCAAAUUUAGCGUACAGGUAAAACUCCAAAAUCUCAUGAAAAUAGAAAACUUCAAAACGCUAUAAAAAAAAAAAAUCGAGCUAACUUUUAAAAACACAGCGAGGGUUUUGCUAUUGAAUAGGUAUAUUUUCAGAAAAAAAAGGUCCGGUGUGGUUUGAUUUUGAUGACCCCAAAAUUGUCGCACAGUGUAAUCAAUCCCUAGCGGACAAAAAUUAUUCACCACUUAAUCUACGUAACACACAAGGAACAUUCCCCCUUGUAACAAUCGAAGAAAACACAAGCAAUAUGGUCGCAGAAACAACUUCAUGGAAGACACAUUCAUAUAAUGAGCGAUGCUAAUGUAGAUAAGACAUGCGCUAUACUAGGUUGAAAAAAGGCGAGUUGCAUCCUGAAACAGAAUGGUUCCUAAUUGCGAUUCAAGAUCAAGUGAUCUUGGCAAAAAACUACCAAAAGUAUAUCUUAAAAGAUACAAGGACUAGAUUUCGCAAAUGAUAAAUAAAUAGAGAAAACAUAGACCACAUUAUUUCUGGAUGUCGUCUUUUGGUGGGAAGCGAAAACACCGAAAGACAUAACAAUAUGGCAAAAAUACUACACCAAGAAAUAGCGUAUAAUCUACUCUUAAGUACAAAUACUUCACCCUAUUAUGAAUACAUCCCCGAGUAUAUAUUGGAAAAUGAGGAAUACACGGUAUACUGGGACAUUGCCAUAAGAACAGAGAGAAAAAUCACCCACAAUAGGCUGGAUAUAACGCUAAUAAACCAACGAACAAAAAUCACUAUUUUUAUUGAAAUAAGCACACCCAGUGACACGUACAUAUAUUAUAUACACAGAAAAUAUACCGAAAAACUAGGGAAAUACAAUGAUUUAAUAAUAGAAGUGAACAGAAUUUGGAAACAAAAUACAGUAAAAACCUUAUCUUUUAUUAUGUCUGCAACUGGAAUAGUUAACAAAAGUUUUGUCAAUAACCUCAAGUUUUUGAACAUUAAAGUCGAUAUACAUCACAAAAUUCAAAAAUCUAUUAUUUUAUUGUAAAAACAUGCAACAUAACGCGCGGUAUGUUGGGGGGAAAGUGGCGAGGGAAUAAUAAUAAAAAUAAAUUCAGCCGAAGCUAUGCAGCAGAGCCAUUGAAGGUUGGAUUAAUAUAUGCAAGCUACCGUGAUGGCGCUCUAUUUAGUCUUAGUGUUACAUAUCCACAAAAAUAUACGAACAUAAAUUCAAUACACCGAAUUUGGGGGAAACACAUACAUACAACUACUCAUCUCCCCAAUAUACGCAGCAUUUUCUACCCUUUACAAAACGUGAGGGUGACCGUUGUCCAACUGAUUUUAAUUUAUCUCUGUACAUAAGGUCGUCAAGAGAGUAGUGCGAAAACUGUAAUUGUUACGAAAACUGUAAUUGUUAAAAAAAAAAAUUUUAUCACAUAUUUUUUUGGCACUAACAACGCUUUCCUUUUGGAAGUCUUGAAUGUCAGAACCAUACCUUCAUGGAACAAAAUAAAUCACUUUACGUUCGAACCACUUUGGAAAAUAUUGCAACGAUCAACGGUGAGCGCUACAGAAGCAUGAUUCUUGAAACGAUUUUUUGAGACCGAAAGUUGAUGAGAUGGAUUUGGACGAUCUUUGGUUUCAGCAGGAUGCCGUACCAUGCCACACAGCCCAUGUCACAAUCGAUCUUCUGCAUUAUUCAAAUUUGUUGUCUGCCAAUGAAAGAUCCAUAAAACUGCUCUAUAGUCGAAUCGUCCCACUGUCCAGAAAAUUUUAGAAGCCAAAAUUUAAUGCGGAUUAUAGCCCAUUCAAUAACAUAAACUAUAGUAUUUGCCAACAACGCCCUCACUGCCAUUAAAAAUCUGGACUCUUUCAGAAGAACAACAAAUAGUUAGGCAGAAAAAAAAAUAUUUCUCCAUUCACGACACACAUGCCUCAUGUAAUUUCCCUUAAUUCGUUUGCUAUGUUUGGCGCCUCCCAUAAAUAUUUCUGCAGGGGCUGUAGAUAUGAGAGAAAAAUUCAUCCCAUUCAACACUUUCGAACGCGAUUCCGAUUUUAAGACCUGAACAGAACAGGCAUAGUCUUGUUAGACGGGUAGAAAUUGUUGAUAUGGUUUAAAAACAUGUAGAGAUGUGCACUAGGGUGGCAGUUAUUUUGCAAGAUUAUUUUUUUAUUGGUGCUACCCCCCAGAUUGGUUCCUUUAUGUAUAAAAAUGGUGGAAAAAAAGUUUGAAGUAAAUCUGGUAAGUGGAAAGUGUGCCCCCGGGCCUUCAAAGUUUCAAAAAACCCGAAAAUUAGUAGUAUAAGUACUAGUAGUAAGUAAAGUAGCCGAGCACUUAGUUUAUCACAUUACAAUGAUAAUUCAAAUUAUUACGCUUAAUAAAAUAUAUUCAAUGCAGAAUCUACCAAGUCGUUCGACCCUUGCUUUUUGACAACUCUGUCAAAAAUUUUCCAUUUUUCUUCAAUUUCUGAAUUACAAAAACAAAACGGAAGUUAAAAUAUGUGAGAUAACUUAUCAACUGAUCACAUUUUGAAAUUCGAAAUGAAAAUAGAUUUCUUCAAACAGAUUUCCGCGCAUAAAAAAUUGGGUUCGCGUUUUGACUAACGUACACAUCGUGUCUUGGAUAAUAUCAAUAUCAAAAACUAGUACUUGUAUCAAAUAAAGUAGGCGAGCAUUUCGUUUCUGAAAUAACAACGGUAAUUCAAAUUUUUAUGGCUAAAAAAGUUUUGUAUUAAAGUUUUUUAAAAAAAUCAUUAGUUUCUAUUACGAGAAAAGUUUAUCUGCUCGGGUAUUAUUCAAAUGUAAUUUUUGGAAACAAACUUCUAUCUGUAAAACAAACGUUACAAGUUUUAGUGCUUCACUAGCUGUGCGGGAAGUGAUGAUACAUUGUGAGAAAGCCCGAAUUCCGACGCAAGAACUGAAGAACUGUAUACCAAAAUUAGAAGGUCUCUAUCAGCAGUGGCGGCAACUUUUCAACUUCAUGCUGCAAGAACGUCGAUGGAUCAUAAGAAAAAAGAAAAAGAUUUCGUUGAAAAACUCGAGGAUCUCUUCGAUAUUGCACACGCCAAUGCAUUGAAUAUCAUAUUCAUUGAAGAAGAUAAGCAGUUCUUAAGCAAACAGCGGAUGAAAGGACGCACGGGGUUUAUGUAUGGAAUUGAUUACCAGCUAAGUGUGAAAGAGACUCGAGUUUCUGAGCGAAAAUUACGAGAGGAGAAGAGAAAAGAACGAAGCAAUAAUGAAGUUCUUCAAUUGACUCAAUUUGAUAUACUGAUGACGUCGAGUUCAAGCAGCGGAGAAGAUUUAGAAGCGCGUGCUUCAGAGGGAAUUCCGCAAUGUUCAAAACAUUUGUCUGUACCAGCAAAACAAAAAAGAGGACGACAAAUAAUAAUAACUCCUAAGCUUGCUGCUGCUUUGGAUAAGUGCAAGAUCAGUGACAGGAAUGCAGUUCAUAUUCUUAUAGCUACACUUGAAGCCCUUGGUCAAGAUGUGGAGACUUUUGCGAUCAACAGGUGGUCUAUUAACAAUUCUCGUGAGAAACUCCGCGAAAAGAAAGCUACCGAAAUCAAAAAUAUCUUUAAGGAUAAGGAAUUGCCUGCCGCUACGAUACAUUGGGAUAGUAAAUUACUGCCAUCACUAACAGGUAAAGAAACAGUAUCCGACUUCCUGUUAUUCUUUCAAAUUGCAGUGCUGAUCAACUUCUUGGUGUACCUGCAUUGCAAUCAGGGUGUGGAAAGAACAGGCAACAGCUGUUUGCGAAACCCUUGCGGAAUGGGGCAUUCAGGACUACGUAAAAGCAUUGGUUUUUGA